AUGGCUCACACCCAGCGACCGGUACCAGCCUACGUGGAAUCAGACCAGGAAUCGGACGUCCAAGAGACCCGCAACUUCAAUGCUAUGUACGGUUUGGACAGUGAGGAAGGUCAGGCACGCCGAUUGAUGAUAGAAGCGGCACCGGAAGACCUUACGCUUGUGGUCUACGCAGAUCAUGGCGCGAGAAUCAAGAUUGCAGUCUCGCUUUCGGUGUCUGCCUCCAACCGGGUAAACUUGAAGCUCGCGUGCCCAUCUUAG